ACGCAUUUCAGCCGCUUCGUGUCCCAGUUAGGCUCCAUUACCGCACCAGUAAAACCAGUACAGGGCAGGUUUGAAGGGCAGGUGCUGCAUGCAGCAACACAUUAGCUUCGUGCUAAGACUCCAGCUUAUAGAUGCGGUCAUGUGUGCAGCGCAUUUCAUUUAUUACACACUUUAUUACAGAUGAUUUUUGGCCUUGAGCUCAGGCUCAGCCCGGGCAGGUGCUCUCAAGUUCUUAUUGUCCAAAAGGAGCUGAGAGAACAACAGCUGCAGUUCCUCUGACGUCCAGCAGGGGCUCCACAAAGUCAGUCCUCAUAGACUCCCAUGUUAUAAAUUGACGUUUAUUUCCUCUCUUCAUAACAGCUGGGAUAUCUGUGUGACGUCAUCCUGUGUUCUGCUGUUGAUGUGAUGUAUGGAUGGAGUCUGUGCCUCAAUCAUAGAUUUUAUAUAAAAGAUGGAAUGGCUGCUGGAGCUUGAGCUUUUUCACUGUCGCAGUUUUUGGCUCAUGGGCUAAUGACUUGUGAUUGCCAAGUCUGAUUCUAAUAAAAGGCAAAAUUUAAAAUAAAAUCUUUGAGUUUUAUUUAGUUAAACUUGAAACUAUAGUCUGAAAUCAGAAAAGUAUCACAAAAGUCACAGUUUUGGCUUUUUAUACUGUUAAUAAGGUUCAGGUUUUAGAUCUCUAAAAUUGAACUUUUUAUUUAUUCAUUUUUCAGGUUGUAACUUUUAGCCAUGCAGGUAAUUUACGCUUAGCCCUGAACUCACUUAUUUAAACUCUGUUGAAGUUUAAUGUCAGACUAAAGUUUAUUACAGUGAACUAAGAAGAAAUGAGUUAAGAAUUAAAACUAUUUCUUCUCCUUUUACGUUUUUAUUAAUGAACGUGCCCGAACAGCCCCUGAGUUGUCAUGUUGUCAGAGUCAUGAAACUGGCUCUGUGAGGUUACUACAUCACUGUUCUGCUUUUACAUCAAUGAUGCAUUUUGUUAAGCUCUGUGCUAGUUUUAGUUGAUCAGGCUUAUUACAGCCUUAUUGUUCACUAUAAACAUAGUGUUUCCUGAUUUAGUGGUAAGAUAACUCGACAGGUUGUGAAUUUGUUGUUGAUUUCUUUAGGCUUUUACGUGGACAUAAUAGUAUGUGAGGAGGCUGUAUAUGACAUGGAAGAAUACACACUAUGACAUUCUUAUGUUUUUAAUUAAUUUUGUUGCAGAUUUUACGAAAUUAAAGACUAAAUAAAAAAACAAAUAAAGAUUAAACUCACCUCUAACUCUGGUUUGUUAGGAUUUCUCUUCAUGUGCACCUUUAAGGUCAUAACCGAUUCCCCUGAUGUCAUUAACCAUCUCUAGAUCCAAGCUGUCCUUUGGCCCUUAAAAUUAGACAAACUGUGAGGCGUUAGAUUAAAAAAAAAACUAAUAAAAUGAUCACCAUGACAGUCCUCCUGGAUGUUACAGGAAAGGUUCAUCCAAGCACCCAUUAAAACGAGGACUAACGAGAUUAUAUACCACGUUCUGACGUGGAUUUCUAAAAAGAUGAAAUCAUAUUUGGAGUUAGUGAAGUCGAGUUAGUUGACAUAUAAUGAUGUGCUGCCUGGUGGCUACUUACAGACUCAUGGUUAAGCUAAUAUAACACAUUAGCACAGGGAAGAUGGAGAUUGAGGGUUAAACUGCUGUGAGUAAAAGUUCAUGUUGAGGGUUCCUGAUGGGUAGAGGAUGAUGCCGACAUAAAAACAGGGUCAUCAUGUCGUCGCGAAUAAGGAGCGCUAAUCUGUCUGAUAGUGGCUCAGAUAGCAGCAGCUGUAAAGCUGAUAGGAGAGCCGUCGUAGCAGAAAAACAGGCUAAAGUCCUGCUCUGUGGACUGUGGACCCACAGAGCUGCUGAGCAUCUAAAGGAGGACUGUUGACACAGUGAGCACGUUCGUCUCUGUGGAUUUCUGCUGUCCUGCUCUGCACACUGAGGCCUUUCUGAUCUGAGUACGCCCACUGCAGCCAUGACCCCUCCCACGUCUGGACGACCCUCGGGGACGCUUAUGCUGUUUGUUUACGCUGCCUUCACGCUCAUAGUGAUGAUAUCACUUCCCGUGUCAGCACUGGAACCGGAGACGUGUUUCUCCAGGCAGCACCAGAGCGCCAUAGUCGACGUCAGGCUAGCGCUAAACAGACAGACAACAGCGAUGGAUGCCCGGGUGGUCCGCACUGAGCGGGAUUGCGUCCUCGCUUGCUGCUCAGAAGAAGUCAAACCAGGUGCCAAAUGCAACAUGGUGGUUUUCAACGGGAACAAACACGCUGACGAGGAGAACUGCUUCCUGUUCCACUGUCAGAUGGAGCAGGACUGUCCUUUAACGAAGGCUCAGGAUGCCAUCAACACCUAUGACAUCUAUAAAGGUUUACUUCAUCCAACCACUGUGAGACCUCCCCCCCCUACCACCACCACAACCACCACCACACUGCCACCAACUACGCCAACAACUGCACAACCAACAACCCCAAAAAGUAUAACAACAACAAUGCCACCAACCACUACCACAAUGACAACAACCACUACCACAAUGACAACAACCACUACCACAACACAACCAACUACCACUACCUUACCAUCAACCACAACCUCAACCCCUACCCCCACCCCCACCCCACACCUCCACCCAUCAUCAUAAUUGCUACAAUGGCAGCAGUGACCUCAUCACCCACCACUCCAAAAGCACCACCUCUUUCCACCACCUCCAUGAAAAAGCCUAACAAAACCACCAAAAAGCAAAAUAAAACCUCCAGGAAAGGAAAAUUUCAUCCUAUCAGCAUCACCACCACCCAGCCAACUCAUACUUCCACCCCCACCACAACCCAUACCCCUACCCCACCACCACCCCAAACACCACCCCCACCACCACUCCAAACACCACCCCCACCACCACUCCAAACACCUCAUUUCCUGUUGUAACAAUGAACAAGGAGGCCAAAUACAGAACUACUGAAAAACUUCAGCCAAACACUGAAACCACCACGACCACGACUACAACACUUCCAACCACCACAACACCUCCAACCACCACACUUUCGACUACCACAACUAUCACAACUACCACAACAACCACAACCACACCUCCAACCACCACUAUUCCUUCAACUACCACCACGAACCCCCCUCCUCCUCCUUCAACAACCACUCCCACCACUACCACAACAACUACUACAACUACCACCACCACCACUGAGGCGCCCACCACCAGGGCAAUGCCCGCAGCAACUCUUUUAAUUGUCCCCAAAGGUGCUGCUCAGUCUGACCACGUCCUCCAGAACUCAAGUGCUGCCAGGAGCAAAGGGAUAGCAGCUCACGGAGCAAUGAAAAGCGGCAUGGUGGCAUUUGUGGUGCUGGUGCUUGCCAUCCUCACAAUGGCCCUCGCCAUUGGAGGCCGCAAAGCAAUGGAGUCCUUCGACAGACGCCACUACACAAGACUGGAACUCAAUGAUCUGCACUACGAGGUGUGACAAGGAAAACGUUUCAAGGACGGAAGCCCAGAGGGGCAGUGAGAUUUAUUGAAUUUAUUCAAUUAGUUUAAUAGCACAAAGUUACAUAAUAAUGGAGCACCUGCAUCACCUCCUGAAAGGUAUGUCAUACUGUGGAGAACACUGGAUUGUGAUUGGCCGGAGAGUGCACAUAAUAUUUAGUUUCUUUGCAUUUAAAACAGCUGUCACUUUUUGAUCUUCUAAAAAAUAGCGCACUGCUUUGCUAGCAACAUUUUUUUCUGUUGUUUUUAACACCCAAACCACCAAUGUUAUGUAAAAGAUAGACACAGAUACUGAUAUUACCUGUUGGUUUGUGACCAUUGCCAUGUUGCUAUUUUAAAACUGGAGGCAAGCUGAAAGAGAAACCAAGGGGUGCUGUGUGUUCAUACUUUUGUAACUUUUUUUCUGAGUAGACAAAUUGUGGCCUCCAUGCUGUUUCAGCUAGCACUAUCAAAAACUCAUGAGUGCCAUUUCAAUUAAUAUCUGAAAAUAAAAUUUCCUGCGUAUGUUUAGGUUUUGAAAGAGAUCACCACUUUUGUUAUUUAAAGAAAUUGGUCAUAAGACCAAUUUUGAUGAAAGAAAAACCCUGUAAAAGCUAAGCUAAGCUGGCUUAGCUAGCCGAACUUUAUAUUUAUAACAAUAGCGAACAAACUCCGCCCAUUCCAGAUUUUCUAACAAAGAAGUCGUUCAACAAACUCACCAGUCACAUGAUUUCUUCACUGCUGAUUAUUUCAACUUUAUUCACCUUAAGUGACCAUGUCCAUCUUUUAUAUACAGUCUGUAGGUAAAGUACAAGGAUGCCAACCUCAUUCCAUUUCAGACUCCACCUCCUUAAAGUCAUCACGGACCAAUCAUGGACUUCAUACCUUAAUUUUUCUGUUAUUGGUUUUAACAAAAGAAAAAAUGGUAGACUUAUAUUGAAAAGUUCUCACAAUGAAGACAAAAUAUCUCUUAAUUUAAAAACUAUUCUUAGAAUUUAUUUGAGGUGUUUUUAUUUUGUGAAAAAAAAAUCAAACUUUGAGAUAUUUUUUUGGCUUUUUUUUUUUUAGAUUAUUUGACUUCUCAUGAGACAAAUUCCUCAGUUGUUACUCGAUCUUUUUAAGUCUUAUUAAGUGAUAGUGCAACUUUGAAGCAGCCUUCAGACUUUAGGCGGUAACACUGCCCUUCUGUGGCCUCUCAGAUCACAUGAUGAGCUCAGAGUCCUGCUGGGAAGCUCAUUGGUCCAAAACUUCAGCUGACGAUGGAACAAAGAACAAACAGCAAUAUUUUUACUCGUAGAAACUCAGGAAGCUUCUGAAGUGGACUGGCGAGAAGAAACUAUACGAGCGGACUCUGAUUCAGAUUCUGGCCUUCUUCUGAUUCGCCACGGGGUCGCGGGGCCCUUUGUGUAUACACCUGCAUGUCUUCUUCCUCCCACACGCUUCAGCCAUACGAGCCUGUGAUUGCUUCUUAAAUCACCUGACCGGUGUAGAUGUCAGACUCACUCUCUCACUGUGGUGUUUUUGUAUUUUGUAUUUCACAUGUGGAUAAAUAUUCAAACGAUGGAUGCAAUCCUUUGAAAAUCGAUGCACUAUUGUAUCCUGUUUUUUUUUUUAAAUAAUUAUGAUCUGCUGAUUGUUUUUCAUAAGUAAGAGGACACUUGCUGCGCACUAUUUUCCUAUAAUGACAUUUGUAUUGUACUGGAUGUGCAGAAACGAGACUGCUAUAGCGUCACUUCACCACCAGGUGGCAGCAGCAGCAGUCCGAUAAACUGAAGCUGCACCAAUGAGGCGUUUUCACUGAUACUGCUCUGAUUUUUACUUUGAUUGCCUAAUUAAUAAUUACAUGGAUGGUAAUAGUUUGGUCUUGUUUUGUGAAGUGAUGCUUUUGCAUAAGUUUGAACUUUGAUGUUUUGUUCUUGUAAGGAUUAAAAAACUGUUGAUUUUUGAA